AUGGCAUUGGUGGAAGAUGGGGAUAAAUAUCACUCACAGGAUCAGAUUUUAACCACACCAAUCUUAAUGACUAACUGUUACACAACAGAUCUCAUCAACAAGUUCAUGGCGGUGGAAGCGGCAGAGGCUGAAAAUCAGCGUCGACGCCGCUGUCUUAUGCCCGUACCAACUGUUACGCAUGUUCAGCCGCAGCAACCGCGGUUUGAUGCUGAAAAAUUCGACCGUGCUGAAGAGAACUAUGAAUUAAGUCUUGGACUUUCAUCGAACGGUCGAUUUGGGAUUGACCCAAAUGCGAAAAAGAUCAAAAGAGCCGUAUCAAUACCAGAAUCAUCUAUGAUUCUGGCAGCAGCUAAUGGGUCUGGUGUGGGUGCUAGUGCUGGAAAUUUGAUAAGAACAUGUUCGUUACCGGUGGUGAGACCGGGAGAGAGCCGAGAAGAAUGGUUAAGGAGAAAGGAAUUGCAAUCGCAGAGGCGAAUGGAAGCCAGGAGAAGGAAGAACGAGAAAAGGAGACAAUCCAGGGCUGCGAGAGAAAGAAGCUCAAGCUCUGGCAGUAGAGAGAGGGGUGCUGGAAUUGAAGCUGGUGGUGAGAAUAGUAAUAACAAUAACAAUCCAGUGGAACAAGGGGCUCCUGCUGAUGGUUUGGUUCGAUCAACCUCGUUGGUUCGUCGUGUUGGCGGAAUGGUCUUGAUCAAGGAAAUAGAUCAAGUGGUUCCUAUUUCACCGCCGACGAGUGGUGGUUCAACUGGCGGUUCUUCUUCUGGUAAUUCUCUAUCUGAUGUUCAACCAAGGUCAGGAACAACUCCAAUGAAUACCGAAAACUCGAAUUUAGCUAAUUUUGUUGGAUCUCAAAACAAAACAAAGACUCUGAACUUUUUUGAGGGUUCGAACUCUGCUGGACCUCAAAACAAAACAAAGGCCGCGAGGAACCCACUUGAUAAAAUGCCAAGUGUUACUACCAAAGGAAGCGGGCCUAAUGGAAAAAGAAUUGAAGGUUUUCUUUACAAGUAUGGAAGAGGCCGUAAGAAUGUGAAAAUUGUGUGUGUUUGUCAUGGAAGUUUUCUCACCCCGGCCGAGUUUGUUAGGCAUGGUGGUGGAGGUGAUGUGCCUAAUCCACUUCAGGAGAUCAUUGUUAAUUCAAGUUUAAGUUAA